AUGAUCACCACUAAUGACAGUUUAUCAGAAGGACUAAACCAAGACAAGGUGGUGUUACGUAAAGCGAAUCAUAAUAAUUUUGCAUUUAAAAAUGGAACUGUAUCACCGAUUAGUACAGAAUCUCCUGCCAAGCAUCAUAAUCAAAAUGGACAUGUUCGAAAAUCAGCAUGGGAACGCGCCCAGGAAUUGUAUGAGGCAAAACAAAGCCAACCGAAAGAAACAAAAGUUCAAGAAUUCGUAUUAAACGAAGAUGAAAAUGAGUGUAACGGAAAGUGUUGCACGAGGAAAAAUUUCGCAAAAGUUUUCAAAUCUCAGAAAUUUAAGGAUGCGAAAUUGGAAUUGUUAUAUCAAAGAUAUUUUUUUAAACUUAAUCAAACCAGUAUCGCCAUUUUAAUGGGCAUAUUUUGUUUCAUUUGUUUCUUGUUAUUGUUAACAUACUAUCUGGGAGGUUCCAUCUUGCUGGCAAGGGGAAUAACUCUGGGUAUUAUUAUUGUUAUUUUUGUGAUAUUGGAAGUCGUGUGCAAUAGAUCUUCGUUGAACGAACCUCAGUUGUUUAUUUUGUGCUAUAUUGUGAUAUUUUUAUUGGUCGGAAUUGUAAUUUUAGUGACUGUAGAUGUACAGAUUUACGAUGCCUCCGCAGGAGUUUGGUGUACAUUGUUUUUUACAUACAUGAUUUACGCGUUUAUGCCGAUCCGUAUGAGACUUGCCGUUUUUAGUGGAAUAUGUAUUUGUGUUGUUCAUAUCAUCUGUUGCAUCAGCAUCAAUUAUAAACUCUCCUAUCUUUGGAAACAGGUUGUAUCCAAUGUAUUUUUGUAUAUAGGUGUAAAUAUCGCCGGUAUUUUUACCCAUUUUCCUACCGUGAAAGCUCAGCGUAAGGCGUUUUUAGAAACUCGUCGUUGUAUCGAGGCCAGAUUGAUCACACAAAGAGAAAAUCAACAGCAGGUAACAAAUCUUUUAUAUUUAUCCUUUUAUCUUUUCUUAAAGCAGAACCUGAAACAUGUUGUUACUCUGAAUGUUGUGAAUAAUAGAAAUGAUGAUAUUGGUAUAUUAUUUGCUGAUAUUUGUGGUUUUACGUCUUUAUCAUCUCAAUGUACGGCUCAGGAACUGGUUCAACUGUUGAACGAACUGUUCGCAAGGUUUGAUCGGCUAGCGUCGGAGAAUCAUUGUUUACGUAUCAAGAUUUUAGGUGAUUGUUAUUAUUGUGUUAGUGGAUUACCGGAGCCGCGCCCAGACCACGCCCACUGCUGUAUAGAGAUGGGACUCGACAUGAUAGAUGCUAUCUCGUUGGUCCGAGAUGUAACUAGUGUCAAUGUAAAUAUGAGAGUUGGUAUUCAUUCUGGACGAGUUCACAGUGGGGUUCUGGGAUUGAGAAAAUGGCAGUUCGACGUCUGGUCUAAUGACGUCACGUUAGCCAACAAAAUGGAGGCUGGAGGGUUACCUGGACGUGUUCAUAUUACGAAAGAAACGUAUGAAUUUGUAAAAGAAGAUUAUGAUGUAGAAGAUGGAAAUGGAGGACAGAGAAAUAUCUAUCUUAGAGAACAAACUAUACAUACUUAUUUUAUUAAAGAUGAAAAAACAAGACAAAAAGUAAGAAAUUGGAUUUUUAUCUUAAUUAAAGGGACAGAUGCGCCAUUAGAAAUUAGGGUGAUUGAAGUAUUGGGUCUAGAUCAGACAGAGAAAGAUCCGGAAGCAGAAGUUAAUGAAUAUUUAGGCCGUGCUAUAGAUGCUAGAAGUAUAGAAAGAUUACGUUCCGAACAUGUUAAAGGAUUUUUUCUUUCCUUUCGUAAAAAAGAACUCGAAGAUAAGUGUUCACCGAAAGGUUUAAAAGUUUUGUCUAGAAGAAUCGCGUCUAAUCGAUGGUUGAGUCAACUUGUAGCUAUAAUAGUUGUAUUUAUUGUUUACAUUAUUCCCUUCUCUUCACUGGUAAGAUUAUUAGUAGUCUUCUCUUUUCAUUGUUUGUUUGAGAUGAUUUUUCAACUCAGUUUCCCCCUGUUAUGUUCACCGAAAGGUUUAAAAGUUUUGUCUAGAAGAAUCGCGUCUAAUCGAUGGUUGAGUCAACUUGUAGCUAUAAUAGUUGUAUUUAUUGUUUACAUUAUUCCCUUCUCUUCACUGUUUAGGUUAGAAAUAACUGAUAUUUGGAGUUGUUUUAGAAACCAUUAUAAUUUAUCUGAUACUACACCUUAUAAUCUUACAUAUCUUAUAAAAACUGUAUCAAGCCUUGACGAUGGUUAUAAUCUAUGUGAUAACAUGCAAACUUCAACACUUUUUCCUCAGUAUUUUACGUUCUGUGUGAGCCUGUCGUUAGUUUGUACGGCCGUCUUCUCUCAAGCAAGUUCUAUCGUUAAAAUGGUUUUACUGUUAGGUUUGACAGUUGUCUAUUUAUUACUAGUCCAACUCGUCUACUCUACUCUGUUUAAUAACCAUGAUUUAAUCUUACAUCUACAGUCUCAGACGGAGGUGAUGUCAAUUCCAUUAAGAUAUGAAACAAUUUUAAUAUUACUGGUUUUUUCUAUAGUACUGUUUAUACAUGCUCAACAAGUUGAGUCCACGACUAGAUUAGAUUUUCUUUGGAAGAUUCAGGCCACAGAAGAGAAAGAUGAGAUGGAGAGUUUACGUGCCUAUAAUUUAAAACUAGUGGCCAAUAUUUUACCGCUCAAUGUUGCUGAAUAUUUUUUAAAGAACAAAAAAGAUGAGGAUCUAUACUAUAAAGAUUGUGAAAAUGCCUGUGUAAUGUUUGCUAGCAUCACCAAUUUUUUUGAGUUUUAUAUGGAGUUAGAAGGGAAUAACGAGGGCGUUGAGUGUCUACGAUUGUUAAACGAAAUAAUAGCAGAUUUUGACGAGAUAUUGGAACAAGAAAGAUUUAAAUGUUUAGAGAAGAUCAAAACUAUUGGUGAAACGUAUAUGGCAGGCUCUGGUUUGACGCCCCAAACAAACUACUCAGAUCUGAGUCACGUUGAGGCAGUGGUAUCCUACGCUUUCGCUAUAAAAGCACAGCUACAAUACGUUAAUGAACAUUCUUUUAACAAUUUCAAGAUGAGAGUUGGUAUAAAUGUAGGCCCUGUAGUAGCUGGAGUGAUUGGUGCUAGAAAACCUCAUUAUGAUAUUUGGGGUAAUACAGUUAACGUAGCUAGUAGAAUGGAUGGUACUGGCAUCCCUAAUAAAAUACAGGUUACCCAAGAGAUGUAUAAUAUUUUAUCAAAUCGAGGCUAUAUGUUGGAAUGUCGCGGGAAAGUUCAGGUUAAGGGCAAAGGAGAUAUGAUAACGUACUUCUUAAUCAGCAAACCAUCUUAA